GGGCCGAAAACCCGCCCUGUGCGGAGGCGGGGCCGGAGGUGAACGCGCAGCAAAACCUGGCAUCUUCCAUGACCCUCUCGCCGGAAGCCACGCCUGCCCACUAGCCCGACGCCCGCCUGGCGGGAACCUGGGCUCGCCCCCUCCCAGCGAUCUGCAGUCAAUUGGUAGCGCCUGCAUGUCGCGCGCGGUGUUCGAUUGUCGCUGCCUGGGGAGGAGGAGCUGCUGCCGCCGCCACAGCCGCCGCCGCCGCCGCGGGCUUGGUUUGUGAGGAAGGGAGCCUAGGCCCGGGCCUGCGGUGGUGGGGCUUGCCGCGCGCUGGGGGUCGCUCCUGCCGUGUCCUCCGUUCCAGCUUCGCCCACUUCCCCUUGCCAGCGGGCUGGGCGCGGAGAAGACCUGCCGGAGCCAUGGAGGACGAAGUGGUCCGCUUUGCCAAGAAGAUGGACAAGAUGGUGCAGAAGAAGAACGCGGCUGGAGCAUUGGAUUUGCUAAAGGAGCUUAAGAAUAUUCCUAUGACCCUGGAAUUAUUGCAGUCCACAAGAAUCGGCAUGUCAGUUAAUGCUAUUCGCAAGCAGAGUACAGACGAAGAAGUUACAUCUUUGGCAAAGUCUCUCAUCAAAUCCUGGAAAAAAUUAUUAGAUGGGCCAUCAACUGAGAAAGACCUUGACGAAAAGAAAAAAGAACCUGCAAUUACAUCUCAGAACAGCCCUGAAGCAAGAGAAGAAAGUACUUCCAGCGGCAAUGUAAGCAACAGAAAGGAUGAGACAAAUGCUCGAGAUACUUACGUUUCAUCCUUUCCUCGGGCACCAAGCACUUCUGAUUCUGUGCGGUUGAAGUGUAGGGAGAUGCUUGCGGCAGCUCUUCGAACAGGGGAUGACUACAUUGCAAUUGGAGCUGAUGAGGAAGAAUUAGGAUCUCAAAUUGAAGAAGCUAUAUAUCAAGAAAUAAGGAAUACAGACAUGAAAUACAAAAAUAGAGUACGAAGUAGGAUAUCAAAUCUUAAAGAUGCAAAAAAUCCAAAUUUAAGGAAAAAUGUCCUCUGUGGGAAUAUUCCUCCUGACUUAUUUGCUAGAAUGACAGCAGAGGAAAUGGCUAGUGAUGAGCUGAAAGAGAUGCGGAAAAACUUGACCAAAGAAGCCAUCAGAGAGCAUCAGAUGGCCAAGACUGGUGGGACCCAGACUGACUUGUUCACAUGUGGCAAAUGUAAAAAGAAGAAUUGCACUUACACACAGGUACAAACCCGUAGUGCUGAUGAACCAAUGACAACAUUUGUUGUCUGUAAUGAAUGUGGAAAUCGAUGGAAGUUCUGUUGAGUUGGAAGAAUUGGCAAAAUAUCUGGACCAUUAAGAAAACGGAUUUUGUAAUUAGCUUUAAACUAGGCCAAGCAACUAGUUUUCCUGCAAAUCAGAUUUUUAAAGCAACUUGGGUUAGACUUUGUUUUUGACCUAACAUCCCGUCCUUUAAAUGCCUUCUGUAGUUUCAGAUCAGUAGGGAGACCAUAUAAUAAUUAUAUGGUAUCUGUUUCAAAACAUAUUUUUUCCAUUUUUAUAAGUAAGUUGAUAUCACUUAAAUUUUUGGCAAUAUUUUUUCUUUCUUAAAGGAAAAUAUAUGUUAACUUUUUUCUUUUACACUGUGAAACAUACACAGUAGAAAUUCUGUUAUUCUCUGUUAUUAAUACAUAAAUGAAAAUACUUUUUUUUUCAUAUUGGCAUGUAGCUGCAAAUAUUAAAGGAGGAGAAAAGGUAAUAUAAUUUUAGGUUUACCAAAUAUGGUGUGUAUUCAAAUAAUACUUGACCAGCUUAUCUAAAGUGUACAUAAUUUUGAGGUAGCUUAUGAAUUUGAUUUUAAUUAUUAUGUUCACAAGCUUGGAAUAUUAGAUAUUAUUUUGCAUCUGUAACUAACCGUGAUCAUCAUUUCUUGUAAUUUCUUGUACAUGUAUAUUACUUGUUCUUAAUAGAUUUUGGAAACAAGACUUUAUUGAGAUCAGUUUGGUUUUCCUAUUAAUUUACCUGUUUGACUUUAUAAUGUGUUUUAGUUUUGCAGAAGAACACUGUUAUAGUUUAGAAGGCUUUUCAUAAAUCCCCUCAUAGACAAAGAUGAAAACUUCCCACUAUUUUUUUCCCCUCUUAGGAAGACAUACUGAAAAGAAAAUGUUUAGCAUCUUAGUGUAGUAUAGCUAUUGUAAACAGUUCAUGACUAGAUUUUGAUUCGGAAAUCUAUACUGACCAAGGAUUAAUCUUAAGGAUUGUAUAAAUCAUUAAAGCUGUGGUCUUUUCAUGUGGAGAUUGAUAGAAAAUAUUUUUGUCCCAUGUCUUAUUUGCUGACUUUUUCUGUCAAUGAGUGAGAUUGUUGAACAAACUGAAUAUAUGGGCUAUAGCAAGUAGCUUUACAGUACAGAUCUUACAAUUAAGUUUUACUUUUUGUUAAAGUGUGUACCAUUUUUUCGUUUGGAGUAAGACAAAAAUUGUUUUCACAUAGGUUCCCUAGGGUAUACUUGCUCUAGCAUACUUUAAAGGCCACUGUUGCAAAGUCUACAUUUUAUGCUGAAUCUGCAUUCUGUCAGGCACGCAUAGAAAGACCUCAGUACAUGCUUUGCACUCUCCUUUGCUCCCUUUUUCCAAUUUCUUAUUGCAUAUCAUUUUGUUGUAAUACAGAAAGCAGCAUUUUUAAAUGUCCUAGUUAAGAAUUGGCCCACCGGUACCAACUCAACCUCUAUUUUGUCAGUUCAUAGUUGAAGAUUUUGUUUUAUUUCAAAAAUAAAGUACAUUUUUGAAAUAAUGAGUUUCAGAAUAAAAUAAUCUCACUUUUAAAUUAAGUGAUCCAUUUUAAAAUUUGUAAUUCAAUAAAGUUUUUUUGUUGUUAAACAU